GUUGUAAGCAGCAGUGACACGAUGGGUGUUAUAUUGUAUAAGGCCAAUUGCACUAAAUUUCUUUGUGACUUUUCUCGUUUUGAAUUCACAAUCAAAAAACAACAACAAAUAACAAAAUAAUAAUAAUAUACUUAUAUAUUUCAUUAUAUAAGUCAAUUAAUUUUCAAAAUUUAAAAAUUUCAGUGCGAUAAAUAAAUAAUGAAUUGAAAUAAAAAGGAACAAAUCGAAAAGAUCAUAAAUAUAUUAUCAUAACACAGAGGACCUAAUCAUAAUUCCAAUGCUACCAAUAAUACCAAUUACCUGAAUUUUUAUGUUUUCUUCAUUCAGUUAUAAAAAUUGAAAAUUUUGAAGUUUUAUAAAAGUUAAGAUAAAAAGAGCUAGAGGUAACUAUAAUAUUUUAAUUGGUUACAAUUACAACUGAAAAGCGCCCUCUUACGGACAAUUUAAACAAAACAGACACGUCACUUUUGUACUUAUAUUGCACUAGAUGGUGCUACCAACACUUAUGUUUUCGUUUCACGUAAAAUAUUUUAAUAAUGAGUCAUACUAAAAAAAAAACUAAUUAGAAUGAAUGUAAAUAUAUUAAAAUCUUUAAUACUGAAAAAUAAUUUUUGUUUUAAAUUAUCUUAAUUUAUAAGAAUCUUACAAAUUCUGUUUAAUAUAAUGUUAUCUUAUUUCAAUAUAAUACGUAACCCAAAUUAUCAUGAAAUGGAACAGUUUUUAAAAGGUAAAAAGUAAAAAUGACGUUUGUUGUCAAGGGUGCUUUGUUAUCGUGCCGACGAUUAUUUUUCGCAUUUUUUACCAGAAGAAAAUUCUUGUGUAUCGGUACAGUUAAAAUUCAUAUGGAUAAUAAAUAUGAAUCAAGAUCAUCUAUGGAAAUUGUUAAUGUACCACCAAUUUUAUCAAUAUACCGGCAUGCGCUUCGAACAUUUGACGGAAACUUCAAAUCUGAAUUUACAACUAACUUAAGCAAGUUAAAAACUAUGAUGGAUUCUUUGAGAGCAGAAGAUUUAGGCUUUGACAAAAGCCUCAGUGAUACAUCGACAUGGAAUAAACCUAACAAAGCCCCUUGUACAUAUAUAGAGGUGUUCCAAAACAAUCAAAUGAAUAUGAGUAUUUUUGUAUUGAAACCUGGUUUUAAAAUGCCAUUACAUGAUCAUCCUCACAUGCAUGGUCUGUUAAAAGUUAUUGCUGGCGCCGUCAAAAUAAGAAGUUUUUCGGAGUACCCUUUAAAAGAGGCCGUCAGUGAAAUUGACUUUGCUGCUCGAGCUAAGCAUGAGGCAGCACGUCUAGCCCAAGGUAUCCACAAACGUAGAAGGCUAUUUGCCAAAAUAAGUAAUGACAGUGUCUGCAGAGCCAACUCUCAGACUUGCACUUUAACUCCGACUAUAUCAAACUAUCAUGAAAUAGAAGCUUUGGAAGUGCCUGCAGCUUUCUUCGACAUCCUUUCGCCUCCUUAUGAUACUUUAAUAGAAGGUAUAGGACCAAGAAGAUGCCGAUAUUAUUAUGUAGCUAAUGAAGUAAGCACAAAUGUUGUUGAAUUACAAGAAACAGAUGUACCUAAAUGUUUUUAUUGUGAUCAAGCACCAUAUUUAGGUCCAAUUCUUACAUAGGUAAAUAUUACUGUAUUAUUAGAUGUAAAUUUAUAUGUUACAAUCCUAAGAAGUUAGAACUACUUAAGUCUAUAAUUUAUAUUCUAUGUAGAUUUUUUUUUUACUUACAGUAGCAGUAAGCUAGUGCAUUAUACAAAUUUUUCCUUAUCUCUAUGAUAUAACUGACUAUUAUUACAUUUCUGAAAGUCAUAUUACAUUGCCAACCAUAUCUAACUUGUAUUAUGUCUUUUUCCUUUACUCUGCCCUUGACCCCUUUUUAAAGUUUUCUUUAAAUUCUUUCGAUUACACUAGUUACUUGGCCAUGACUUUCUAUGCAAAAUUAUGUGAAUGUACUAAAUUAAAUGGUUUCACAAAGUCAAAUUCAAUGUUAUCUUAAUAGUGCAAAUAAUUUUGUGCCUUCGUAAUUAGAUGAAAAAAUAUAGUAAUAUAAAAUUUAUGUAAGUGGCCAUACUUAAUUUUAUUUACAUUAAAUACUGUUUUAUAAUGCAUUAUUUAGUUACCAUAGUUUUUUUAUGACACAAUAUUACAAGAUUUUUAAUGAGAAGACAAUGUCAGAUAGUUAAUAAUCCUAGGACAAAGUACUGAAUGCUU